UUCUGCCGUUCUAGCAUUUUCCCGCCUAUACGAGCUCUGACGCGGCCCUAAGGAAACAUUUCACUCUCUGUUGUUUCCGAUUGCCUGUCUCCGCUGGAACAUGCUGCAUGCUGUUGCUUGAAGACUAGGAAUUCCAACCUCGUCUUCGAUUAUCAGCUGCCUCUCUCAUUUUUCAGCUCAGCCCAUGUCACCUUCAUGACUUAUAUUUAUACCCAACUAGACCCUCAAGCCAGUUCCCUGUCAUGCAGCCACUCACUUCUGCCAUGACUACGUUAAAAAAAUCGCUGCUAGCGGCUCUUAAGUCGUUCCUCCGGGGGAGGUCCUUCUUGCAGGCUAUACUUGCAUUCUGGAUCAGCCCGAAGGCCUUCAAGGAACAUCACGUCAACGGAAAGAGGACAUACCCGUCGAGAGCUCUCGAAGAUUUCUUGAAGGAAGCAGAGAAACUCUUUUUGGAACCUAUUGACGAAGCCGGCCUGAGGAGAUAUUCUUCGGAUCUUAAGCGCCAGUUUCGGGAGCGGUUGCACAGUCACCCAGAAUGCAUGCUUCCGUCCUUCAACCACCUACUCCCCACCGGAAAAGAACGAGGACAAUAUCUUGCCCUCGAUGUCGGUGGAUCGACGCUGAGAGUUGCGUUGGUGGAGUUAAGAGGCCGAGAAGCGACGGGAAGGGAGAGCGAAAUCAUUCGAAUGGUUAGCUUUAAGAUUACGCCAGAAGUCAAGAAGCUUGAAGGCAUGAGCUUUUUCGACUGGAUGGCAGCCCGGAUCCAUGAAGUUGUACACAAUGACCUUUCACACGAACAAGACAUUAUACCUAUGGGUCUUGCUUGGAGUUUCCCGGUAGAACAAGUAUCACUAGGCGGCGGGCUUCUACUUGGUAUGGGCAAAGGGUUUCUAGCCACCAAUGGCCUACUGGGCCAGGACUUGGGUGAACUCAUCAAGUUUGCGUGCAAAAAACAGGGCCUAAAGGUCCAACUUGAGGCUAUCGUCAAUGAUAGUUCAGCAACGUUGCUUUCGCAGGCUUACGUGCAUGCUUCGACACGCUUUGGCCUGAUUUUAGGAACGGGUACCAACAUUGCGGUCCACUUGCCGGUAUCAGCAUUUAGUCGUGUUAAAUAUGGCAAACGACCGGAAAGUUGGUUCGAGUCGGCCAGCCACGUCAUUGUAAACACGGAGCUAGGCAUGUUUGGGAAGGAUAUCCUGCCUCUGACACGGUGGGACGAACUCCUGAACGCCUCUCACCCUCGGCCCGACUUCCAGCCCCUCGAACAUAUGCUGAGUGGAUUCUAUCUCGGAGAAAUCUGCCGACUCGCUAUAGUCGAGGCCGUCGAGACAGCGGGCCUACUAGGCGGUCAAUUACCACCGUCCCUAGAGAAGCCGUACUCGCUUGAUACGGAAAUCCUAUCGAGAAUCGAGGCCGAUACAUCGCCCACCCUCGAAAAAGCCAUAUCCGAGUUCACAAAACACCACCCUACUGCCACAUCACCUACUCUCUCCGACAUCACUACCAUCCGUACACUCGCAACCUUCAUUUCGCGCCGCUCUGCUGCCCUACUCGCCGCUUCGGUCUUCUCGCUCUGGGAAUUGCGACACGAGACUGAAGCUGAGCAAGCCCCCGUGACCCCCAAGCCGACUCCCUCGAACGAUAGCGGCAUAGUGCUCCCUUCACCCUCAGUCGAUGAGCAGAUCGGGGAGAUCGAGGUUAGCACCAAGGUCGCCUUCAACGGCUCCGUCAUCGAGCACUACCCGGAGUACCUGCCCACGUGCCAGCGCUAUAUCGACACCCUAGUUACCCACAGCCAAUAUCCCGGAUCCGUGGACCUAGUCCCAGCCAUUGAGAGCUCCAUCCUAGGCGCCGCGGUCGCUAUCGCGUGUGCGACUACAGCGUAGAACGUGUCCCCCUCACGGGAUGAAAACUAUACCUACAUGAUUACCUAUUUACGGUUGUAUAUAUACCUACUUACCCUACCUAUUUAUGUCAUCUUAUCCUGUUUUUAACGGUCGAUAAUCAUUUUAUUUUCUCGUUUUCAGACCUUUUGGUCGAAAAAACCACAUAUACCUAGCGUUUU